AUGACUUUUCGAUUCAACACAGAGUAUUUUCCUCCAGAGGACAGUAAAGAAGUAUUUGGAUGCCUCCAAACUUCAAAUAUUCCGAGCAAUGUUUCCUCAGAAACUUAUGAAUGGAAAAGAUGUAAAAAAUGCGAAUGUUUGAUGUUUCCUACAGAAGAUAAAACAAUGGAAUGUCCAAUAUGCAAUCCAACAGCAAAAUAUAUAUCGCAAUCAAUUAAAAAAGAAACAAAUCCUGAUGAAAUUCACAAAAUUUUCUAUUUCAUUUUCGAUAUUGACUUUCCGCUUGAAACUUCAACUGAAAUGCUUAAUUUAUUUACUGAAAAUUUACCUGAAAAUGCAAAAGCCGUAGUUAUGGCAAUUUCUACAAAUAUUUAUGUUUUGUAUCAACAUUAUGGAGUUCCUCUCUUCGAUAACAUCGAAAAUGACAAGCAGUUUACUCCUUCUUCAUUUUAUUUCCUUACAAAAUCAGAUAUUUCUUCAAUAAUUCUUCCAUCUCUUCCAGCUUUAUAUAAUUUCGCUAAAGCUGAUAACGAAAUCGAUAUAUUACUUCCUCUUUCAAUUUCUAAGAUGCAACUACCAGCAGAUUAUUGUCCACAUUCAAUUUUCUGUUUUACAAAGCGUGAAAUCAAAACUAUUUCAGCAGUUAGCGCUUCACAUAUCGGAAGUACAAUUGCCUCCAUGGGUGGCAUCAUAAACUUCGGCGCUGCUCAAUCUUUCAAGAGAUUAUCCGCGAUUUCGAAAUUUUCUUUCGGAAUUGUAUUCCCGAUAUCCACAUUCGUUCCUUCUACCAUCAAAAAACUAUUCACGGCAUCAAAGCGCUUCACAACUUACUUCGUUCUACCAAGAGCUGUUGAAGCAACAAAAGUGACAGGCGGAGAUGGAAGUGUCAGAUUAACUCCGAAUGUGAGCAUUAUUAACCUACUGAACUCGCGUGGCGCAUCACUUAGAUUCAAUGUAGAUUUCAGUGGUGAUAUUCCUGAGUCAUUUUUGGUCGUAGAAUGUACUGAUUACGAAGGAAGUGCUUAUUUAACACUCCACAAGUUCAAAUCGCCGAAAGAUGAUGAAGAAUUUGCUAAAUCUCUCGACCCUGAUAUUACAAAAGAGAUUGUAGCUAAAGGAGCCGCAUCUGAUAUUUUGAGGAUGGUAUUUUCAGGAACGGAAGUUGCAACAGCCGUCAAAAAGACAAAUACAGAGAAACUAUUGGCAGGAACACCUGCAAAUGGCGUUGGAGGAAAGCCAGAUAAAGAUACUCUUCAACUUUACUAUUUGCUCCAUAGAAUGCCAUGCAAAGAUGCUCCACAUGACGUGUGUAAUGGAAAAGGCUAUAUUAAUUAUCCUUCUCUUUACAUUUUAUCUUCUGAGAAACCAAAAGAGGUUUUGGAGCAGAAUGACAGCAUAGAAUGGCCAAUGGAGCUCCACAUAUUUGAAGAUGAGGCAGCCCUCAAGUUGUUAUUAGCGAACUUACAGUCUAAAUGA